UCAGACCUGAUUCAUUGACUUUGAGCAGUACUACUGUAUCAGCAUGAUAAUUCUUGGCUGUGUAUGCAAUAAGCUGUGUCUCUGUUUACAUACCAAAGGUGUUUAAUUUCAUGCUGCACAGCACAUGCAUAUAUUUAGCCAGUUGUAUCACGUUAUAGUUAGGAAUAAUUGUGCAAUAAAUGGGGGGGUAUGUGUCACUAUGUGAACAGGAAGCUGAUCUGUCCCUAUAGAUAUGAAUAUACUAAGUCACUGUUUGUGCUAUAUACUGGAGUGAUUGUUUGUGCUGUUUUUAGUUCAAUUCAAUUGUGUGGAGUAAUAAUGGCUUCAGCUCUGCUAUUAGGACUUAUACUCUGCGCUGGGUUGACAAGUGGUGAUGUGACACACUUUCAAUGUACUAAUGGAAGUGUGUGUGCUGGAGACAGAGUGGAGUGUAACUGUACAACAAAUACUGGAGCAAUAGACUGGACCAUCAGUUAUGCAGUACUAGGAUCCAGUAAUCAGAGCUGGAUACCUGUCACGGAAGUAAAUUUGAAUAUAAUUCAUAAUUCCACUAAAGAAUAUGGAUACAACUUCACUUAUAAUAAGUUUAAUGAUAGCUCAAUGCUCACUUUUUAUCUAAAUGCAUCUGAAAGCAUUUUUAUUGUGUGCAAAAAUGGAAAUGUAAGUGAUAAUGAAUCUACAAUAAUAAGGGAUUCAGGUUAUUAUGCAAAAGCUCCAACAAACUUAACAACAACCUUCAAUGCAAAUGGAGUUACUUUACAAUGGGAGGACACUGGGAAUAACUGUACUUCUACUGUGUAUCAAGUGACUGUUAAUGGUACUUCAAACAGUGUAUUGACCUCCUAUAAUAAUAGCAAAACAACUUUACUCAUACAUUCAAGUGAACUAAACACAACAGAAACCUAUACAUAUACUGUUAGAGGGUGGAAUGGACAGCAAAGUAACAUCAGUAAACCAUUCACACUUGCUCCUCAUGAAGUGAUGAAUAUUACAAUAAAUACAACUAAUACUACUGAUCCUUGUAAGAAUAGUUGCUGUGCUAAUGUUACACUGAAUAUAAUACUGGAGUCACUAGACCCAUAUGUGAAGCAUCCAAAUCAGUACCACAACAUAUCAUACAAUUCCAAUACUGGAAAUAUACCAGUAACAUAUGAAGUAACUGGUUAUGAUGAAACAGAAUGGACUGGAUCAGGAUUAAAAUACAAUGAGACUUAUUGCUUUACAGUCACACCAAUGAAUAAUUUUAGCACAGGAAUGCCAAUAAGUAAUGACACAACUACUCAAUAUUCAUGUGAACCACCAGGAAAUGGUGGGGAUAAUGGUGAUGAUAAACCAGGAUGUAAUACAGGAUGCAUUGUAGGAUCGGUUAUAGGAGGAGGAACUACUUUAAUGAUAGUCAUAAUAGCCAUAAUAGCCAUAAUAGCCAUAAUCAGAAGAGUCAGACCCCAGUGGCUGCAUAGAUUAUGAGAAUUGAUAAACAACUUUUUUUGUUGUUAGAAUAAAAGUUUAAAAUAUUA